AUAAGCGUGCGUCGUCAAACGCGGUGCGAGCCAGAGCAGCCCGGGCAGCGUCCGGCGGCAGAAGCAGUGACGCAGUCAGAACGUCACGGAAUUGGGUCGCUCCGGCGGACUCUUUGGGAAACACUUCUUAGGACCACCCGUCUUGGCAUACCGCCAAAAGAACUUCACAUACCUUUGCAGCCCAAGAUAAGCCAAUCCGAGAGUGAUCCACACAAAGCACCGUGCGGGGCCCGACACUACGAAAAAAGAAACGCCUGCGCGCUCGCUCGCAACCUUUCCCUCAGUGCCCUUCACCCUAGCCUCACUCCCUACCUGUCUGAAGACACCUAGGCAGUAGCUAUGAAGCUUCAGCAACACCUGUCGGGUCGCUCCGACGUCGCGGCCGGUGGCAGCAGCACUCGCAGCGGCGCGGUUUCGGCGGCCGCCGCUGGGGCCCUGCCGCUUCCCCUGGCGCGCCGUCGCGGCGCCGCAGCCUGUGUCCCACUCCGCCGGCUGCCGCAGCAGCAGACGCCCCAGCUGUCGCAGCCGUCCGCUCCCCAGCGCAGUGUGCGGGUGCGUUUCCGGGAGAAUGACAAGGACGCCGCCACACGAGCCGACCGCGCCAAGCCCUCUGCAGCCGGCCAGCCGCAGCAACCGCCGCAGCAGCAGUACGUGCCGGUGGUGCUGCAGUACACCAAGCACUGCGCCUUCGGCCACGGCUAUGCGGUGGUGGGCUCGGUGCCGGAGCUGGGCUCGUGGGACCCCAACAGGGCGGUGCGCAUGCAGUGGACGGAUGGCGACACGUGGCAGGCGGUUGUACGGCUGCCUGUGGACACGGACGUGCAGUACAAGUACGUGCUGGUCAAGAUGGACGGCGGCGGACUGGUGUGCUGGGAGGGGGCGGAGCAGGCAGGUGCGGGCGGCGCCACCACUGCGCCCAUGAACAACCUGUCGCUGCGGGUGAAGCCGGGCGGCGGCGUGCUGCCGGGCGGGCACGGAGUGGAGCUGCACCACCGCCUGCCGCUGGAAAAGUGCUCUGUUGACGGCUCGCUCCUCGGCUCCGCCACCACCACCUCAACCGCCACGCCCACCGCCACCGGCACCACAGUCAACACCGGCAGCCCCGUCGGCUCCGGCGCCGCCACCGCCACGCCCUCCAGCGGCGGAGGAGACACCAGCAUCACCGCGGGUUUGGGCGCGCACAGCCGUCGGGCGGGUGUGGUGGCGGGUGUGGUGGACAUGGCUCGGGGCACGCUGGAGGCCAUCGAGAGCCGCCUGCCGGGCAUGGCCGCCACUAGAGGCCACCGCGAUGCUUCCAACCCCACCCCCACCACCAGUGGCACUCACACCGGCAACACCGGCAACACCGGCAACACCGGCAACACCGGCACCAGCACCACCGACGUGCCCGUGGGAGCCACAGGCACCACUUUCUUUGCCGUGCCACCCGCCGCUGUGCCCACCACCACCGACACCAACCCCAACACCACCCCCAACACCACCCCCAACACCAACACCAACACCAUCCCCAACACCAGCGGCAGCACCGGCACCAGCAGCCCUGUAGUGCACCCGCCCGUGGGAGAUCCCUUCGCCACCACCGGCACGCCCAUCACCCCGAGCAACACCAUCGUCAACAGCACCGCAACCACCAGCACGACCGGCGCCCACCCCACCACAAUCACCACCGGCACCACUGGCACCUCCGGCACCACGGGCACCAAUCCCACCACUGGCACGAAUCCCAACGCCACCUUCCCCACCAACACCAUCACCGGCCCCGACUCCACCACCGGCACCGUCCCCGCCACCGGCGCCCUGUCCGGCACCGCGCCCCUCAACCCAGCCACCGCCACCGGCCACCCCAGCCCGCCCAUCGACGCCGCCGGCCCCACCGCCGCCGCCCUUCCCGACUCCUUCCCCGCCCCCGACGGCACCACGCUGACGCCCUUCGGCCUCGGCGCAGCCGACAAGUCCGCCGCCGCCGCCGGCGGCCACACGAUCGGCGACGUCUCCGCCGCAGCCAACGCGCCCGCGCACGUGCACGACCUGCACGCGGCGCCCGCCGCCGCCACUGACUACAGCCGCCAGCCCGGCAGUAGCAGCAACCCCGGCGGCCACUCCACGAUCAGCAGCACCGACCUGGCGGCGAGCAUCAUCGCCGCCGGCCCGGCGGCGGCCGCCGUCUCGGCGGCGGCGAUGGGCCUGCCGGCGGAUGAGGCUGGCAGCAUUCCCACCAUCUCACCCGUGGCGCCGCCGCACUCGCACUCGCAUUCGCGCGCCCAGGCGCACUCGCAGCCGCAGCAGCAGCCGCAGCCGCGCCACCCCGAUGCGGCCUCGGCCGGAGAUGUGGGUGUGGGCGCCGCGAGCAUGGCGGCAGACGCGCCGCCGCCGCCCGUGACUGUGGCCGGCGCCCCCGCGCACGACACCCACGGCAACGGCGCCGGCACCAGCGGCGGCAGCACCGGCGGCGGCAGCAGCGCCAGCAUUGGUGAUGGCAUCAUGGGCUUUGGCGCGUGGCUUUUUCGCCGCGAUCCUCCUUCGAGCUAAGGAGGAGGGUGAACAACUAGCCGGCGGCGUGAUGGGCCGACUGCCCCCCUGGCGGGAUGGUGACCAGCAGCGGAAUGGGCAGCAGCGGAAGUAGUAAUGAAGGGGGUGUUGCGGAUGCGCAGGAUACUGCGACCAGGAAGUAGCCACCGUGUUUGGUGAUGCGGCAGGGAACGGGAAGGCGCCCAAGGAGGAAGUCCCGAGUUCGCGUGGCGUAGUGGAGUCCCGGUUGGAGGGGUUGUCAAGACAGAUGGCUGCUGGCUGGUUCAGUGGUUCCUGGUACUGGCGCAUUUAGAGAUUUCAGACGGCUGUCGAAUGGACUGCAAGCCUUUGGAUGAACCGAUGGAAAGUGUGGUAUAUUAGAAUCGGAGGCCGGUUGACCGGAGAGGUUUGGAAUUGCGAGAGACCACUGGGCGCCAGCUGGGAACAUUGCAGUGGGUGACAUGGCAUUUGAGCUAGCGGGCACGUGAUUGGAACACGCGACAUUGUUUGCUGUCAUUCUUUUGGGCGCCAAUGCGCCUAGCGCGUAGCAUACGCAUAAUUGUUGGGAUAGACAGCGCAGUUGAGAAGGAUCACGUGCACCAAACAACUGUAUAAGACACUGGCUGUAACACACAUGCUUG